UCUAUACCUAUGUCGUUGGUAAGAAUAAAAAUCUUCCUAGUCCAGAAGCACGAUACCAAGAGGUUGAAAUAAUAGAAGAUGAUCGUAUUUACGAUAUUUUAAGAAAAAUAGACUGCCUAUAUCUCUUACCAUACAAAGUAACUAUUCAGGUCGCACCGAAUAAUAAAUUCAAUUCUAAAGAGACCAUCACUACUACCACUGAAUUAAAUGCAUGA